CCUCUAAGCUCGUCUUAUCUGGGGUCCUGUCGCCGUCGCCGUCCCAUCACGCCGCCGUGCCGCCGUGCCGCCGUCUGCCAUGGCUGCAGAGUGACUAGUCGGCACCGAGCCGCGUGGUCGACGCGGAGGUCCCAGUCCCAGUGGUCACCGGCGAGGUCGCCGCGCGGGAAACGCAGCAGCAGCUCGUGUGGCAGGCGGUGUCCGCGGCGUCCCCAUGUGGCGCGGGGCCGGCGGCGUCCCCGACGGGCUGCCCCUGGCGGAGAUGGGCGAGUCCAACCACCACGACCACGGCCGCAAGGACUCGGCGUGCGACAACGACCUCUGGCCCCCCGACCCGGACCUGCCGCUGCUGCCGCCGCCGCCGCGGCCCUUCGUGCGCAUGGGUAGCACGAUGACGGGGUCGGAGGCCUCGCUGCCGGGGCCGCGCCGCAAGGAGCAGCGCCGCCAGGAGUGGCUCAACUCGGAGAUCCUCAACGCCGUGCUGAGCGGCGCGGAGGUGGAGAAGGUGGCGCAGCUGAUGGAGAACGGCGGCGAGGCCAACGCCGUGUGCAGCCCGACGCGCACCUCGGCCCUGCACUUGUGCGCCAUCCGCGUGAUGCUCGCCCCGGGCGCGCAGGCCGGCGCCGUGGCCGUGGCCUCGCUGCUGCUCAAGCACGGCGCCGACAUCGCGCACCGCGACCACUGCGACCGCACCGCCCUGCACCUGGCGGCGUGGGCCGGCGCCUCAGAGCUCCUCGACCUCCUGCUCAAGAGCUACCAGGCGCACCCGCGGCCCGGAGAGCCCUCCCUGCUCGGCAUCCGCACCAGGAGCCCCAGGGACCACGGCGAGAGGGAGCCCUUCCCCGCGUCCUGGAACGACUCCUGGAACCACGCGCACAGCGCCGUAGGAGACGCUCUGCCCUACCUGGAGCCGGGCAGCACGGCGCUGCACAUCGCCUGCCAGCGGGUGCACCUGCGCUGCAUCCGCCUGCUCACGUCGGCGGGGGCGGACCGGUCCGUGCUCGACGACCGCGGCUUCACGCCCAUCGACGUGCUCCAUGAGUUCCCCGGGUCGGGCGAGGACGAGGACGGCGGCGCGGUCGUCACUGAGGUCAAGAACGAGGACGCGGAGCGCGACGCCCCGGACGACGAGGCCCCGCCCCAUGCGGUGGAGGGCAGGACCGUGGUGGUGCGGCCCCCGGACGACGCCGUGCACGCCGUGCACCCCGCGCACCCCGUCCAGGACGACAUCAAGUCCGCCGUCAAGAAGGCGGCCGCUGGAGGAGUGCCUCUGGUCCGGUCGGCGCAGCCUCCGCAGCCGCCGCAGCCGGCGCGGAUUGCGUCCGCGGACACGCGCCUCCUAGAGGCCAUCGGCUGGCUCAAGAAGGAGGGCGCCGGCAACUUCAUGACCGGGUCGGCGCUGCACACGGCAGUCACCACGGGAUGUCUCAAGGUGGUCGAGACCCUGCUGAGCGUGGACCCGGACUCAGCCUACGCCCCCAACGCUAAGGGGGACACGCCCGUCCACGCCGCCAUCGAGGCCAGGAGCAUCGAGGCCCUCAGGCUGCUGAUGAAGGCCAACGAGAAGGCCAUCAACUGGCCCAACAGCAGCACGGGCACCACGCCGCUCAUGAUGGCCGUGGUCUACGAGUGGAACGAGGGCGUGAGCGAGCUGCUGCUGGCCAACGCGGACGUGGCGGCCUGCGACCACAACGGCUCCACCGUGCUGCACGACGCCGCCAUGCACGCCGACAGCCAGCUGCUCAGGGAGCUGCUCUCCAUUGAGGAGGCCAUGCAGGUCCUGGACGCCGAGAGGAAGGAGGACGGGCUGACGCCGCUGUUCGUGGCGGUCGAGUCCAAGAGCACGGAGCGCGUGCAGCUGUUCAUCGAGGCGGGCGCCAAGAUGACGCACACCCUCCCCGACGGCGUCAACAUCAUGCACCGCGCCGUGCAGCUCUACAGCCUCAACGUCCACGAGAUGGACGAGGAGAUCGUUUGCCUGCUGGCCGACCGGCUGUGCCGCUCCGUGUCCCUGGAGGAGCGCAACCUGCUGGACGCGCUGCAGAGCGGCACCAUGGACCCCGGACUGGCGCCGCUGCACAUGGCGGCCAAGAACGGGCACGCCAACGUGAUGGACGUCCUGCUGCGGUACGGGAGCAACCCGCGCGUCAGGACGGUGCGGGACGGCCCACUGUUUGCCGCCACGGCCCUGCACCUCGCAGCGCAGUACGGUCACAUCGACGUGGUGUCCCUGCUGAUCGAGCGGGACCGCAAGCUCAUGUCCACCAAGGACGGGCGUGAGUGGCGGCCCAUCCACAUGGCGGCCCACUACGCCCAGCGCGAGGUGCUGCGCUUCAUGAUCAAGGAGGGCGCCGACCUGGCCACCGGGGUGCGCGACGAGCAGAACCGCUCGUGCUCGGCGCUGUCGCUGCUCGUGCACAGCGUGGCCAAGCCCGUCGACUUCCUGGAGGAGCUGCUCGACGAGAGCAUCGCGCUCAACGAGUACCCCGUCAGCGACCACCGCGCCAAGAUCGACGUCCGAUACGACAUCCUCAUUCCGGCCGAGGACGGCGGCGGACUGCCGCUGACGACGCGCAGCGAGAGCUGCCCGCUGACGCACCGCGGCGAGGAGCAUCACGUCCGCCAAGUGCGUCGCCAGAUGCGCGUCAUCGACGCCAUCCUGGAGAGCGGCAACUACUUCGGCCAGCAGAACCUGCUGCAGCACCCGCUCAUCGAGAGCUUCCUCACGCUCAAGUGGAAGAAGAUGGCGCCCUUCUUCUACGCCAUCGUGGCCGUGCACGUGCUGUUCGUGUGCGCGCUCACGGGCCUCGUCGCGCAGAUCUACUGGUGGGCGGGGGACCAGGGCGCCGGCGUGCAGGUGGCGCGCGUCGCCGUGUUCGUCACCACUGUGAUAAUAGCUCUACAGGAAGUACUCCACCUCAUCCAGCUCCGCCUCAUGUACAUCCGCGACCUGGAGUCGUGGCUCAAGUGGAUCGCCAUCUCGCUGUCCGUCGUGGUGGCCUUCGUGGUGUUCGAGGGCGUGGAGUCGGCCGCCACGGCGCCCACCGUGUCCGUCCCCCUCUCGGCCAAGGACUCGCUGGACGAGGCCCUGGGCGGGCUGGAGCAGCUGGAGACGGCGGCGGGCCUGGGGGCGGCGGGGGCGGGGCCGGGGCCGGGGGCGGGCCCCGAGGUGUCGUACGAGGUGCGCGGUGGCGGCCGCCUCGGGGACCGCUGGGAACGCCACGUCACCACGCUGGCCGUGCUCAUGGCCUACACCGAGCUGCUGCUGCUGCUGUGCCGGUUCCCGCGCUGGGGGUUGCGAGUGCUCAUGUUCUACAAGGUGGCCAUCAACGUCAUAAAGAUGUUGCUGACCUUCUCCUUCCUCAUCGUGGGCUUCGCGCUGAGCUUCUUCGUGCAGUUCCGGGGUGAGGAGCCGUUCCCCACGCUGCUCGAGUCCAUGGGCAAGACCAUCGUGAUGGGCACGUCCGAGUUCGACUACGGCGACAUCUUCACCGGCAGCAACGACUCCAUCGUGGGCCGCAUGCUCUUCUUCAUCUUCCUGCUGCUGGUGCCCGUGGUGCUGAUGAACCUGCUGGUGGGUCUGGCCGUCUCGGACAUCGCCACCCUGGAGACCAAGGGCCGCAAGCGCGGGCUGGUGAAGCAGGCCGAGUUCCUCAGCACCCUGGAGCGCCUGGUGUACUCGCACUCCGUGCGGUGGUGCAUCCCGUCGCGGAUGCGCGCGCGGCUGCCCAUCUACAUCCCCGUGGAGCGCGCCAAGACCAUCUACCCGGGCCAGUCGCUGCGCAUCAUCUUCGAGGAGUUUCCCGAGAACAUUCGGAACGGCAUCGUGGCCAUCGCCAUCCGCAACGCGGCGCAGCGCUCCUCCUCCAGCAUGGACAUCAUGGGCAACGGGCAGGGCUCGGGGCCAGUGUCCAGCCCCGUGCACUUGCCGGGCUGCGGCGGCGCGGCCACGCACGCCGGCUGGGGCGCCGAGACCAAGCUGUACGAAGAGCUGUCGCUGGUGCGCCGGGACAUGGCCACGCGCCGUGAGCUCCACGACGCCAACGAGCGCACCGAGAAGAACUUCCGCGCCGUGCACCGGGAGCUGGAGGCCCUGCGCGCCAGGGUCGAACACAUCCUCAACUCACUGCCUAGAUGAUAAUAAAUACUCGAUAAUCCUUCUUA